AAGGAUGUGGCUACUGUACAACUUUUCUGAGUAAAUAGUUUGAUAGUGCAUUUGAAAAAUGUUAAAAUACAUUGGUGAUAAUAAAUAUUACAACAGUACUGACUAAAUAUAAGUAGAGAACUAGAUAUUUACUAACAGUAGGCAACCUAUAUUUUAAAAAAUAUAAUUUGUACAAGUCUUCUAUUUUUAACAUAUACUUGUCAUAUGAGUAUUAUCCACUACCAAAAAUUCAAACCUCAAAAACGACUUUGAUGGGAAAUCGAUGAAUUUUGAAAGAUCAUUUGCAAUUUCCACUAAAUAUUUGUUAUGUGUAUAAUAAUAGUUAGAGAAAAGAAAGUUUAGUUACGUAUAAAAGUUAAUUUAAUGCCAAUGGAUAAGGCACCUGAAGCGGCAAUAACCUCACAUGCCCAUUUAUAUAAAUAUAAAGAAAAACAUCAAUUAUCACAACAUGAAAGAAGGCAACAAAUUCUUAAUGAACAAAAAUAUAAAAGGCACAUUGAAGCAGAUAAAAACAGAGAAUUAUAUGGUAAAUAUCUCGAAGAAUUAGAGGAAUCCGAUGUUGAAGAUCUCAAACAAGUGGAUGAAUGUGAUAUUGAAGAUUUCAAACAUACGGACGAGUCUGUACAACAUUUGGAGAAAUCUGAACAAGAAGAACCAGAUGAAUAUGAAGAAAUGGAAUAUGUGCAGUCUGAAGUACAAUAUCGUCGACCUGAAUCUACUAAAUUCAAAUUGAUGUUGACAGAAUGGUUUAUAGAUAUUCCAGAUGAUUUGGAAGAGAACUGGCUUUGUAAAUUUGCUCCAGAAGGUUUUCGCGUAUUGCUACUAGCAUACAAGCGCCGAACACUUUUUUUCACUAUCAAAAGUAGAUAUUUAUUUAAAUUAAAGACUCAUUUUCCUGGAGGCGGUGGAAUUAAUGCAACAGGAGUUACAGUUUUAGAUUGCAUAUUUAAUAAGCGUAAUAAAACUUUCUUUGUACUAGACUGUUUAUAUUGGUCGGCUAUGUAUACUUUGGACAGUGAAGCUAAUUUUAGAUUUUAUUGGUUGAAAACGAAAUUUUAUGAAAUGCCUGAACUAUAUAAAUCCGUCAGUAAAAAAUACACUUUCCAUUUGAUCGAAGCUAUUCCUCUGGAAAGAUCUUUACUACAAGAAAAAAUUUUCCAAGUACUGAAAUUAGAGGAAAAAGAAAUAUUAUACGAUGGAAUAGUGUGUUAUCACUCAUGCGGAUUCUAUACUUUCAGUUAUAGUCCUCUAGCAACCUGGCUUUACUGCUAUAUGUUGCCAGAGAAAUUGGGAAUAGAUGUCCCAGAGGUUUAUCUUGCGAAAAAGCCAAAAGGAUAUAUAAAUUUUCAACAGUACAUUGAAAGCAAGAUGUCAGCUAGGGAGAGGUAUAAUAAGAAGAAAAGUCAUGUACGAUUAAAUAAAAAUGGUGAUUUAGAUGUGAGCUCUGUUAAUAAUACAGAAAAGAGCAAAAAUAAUAGUUCAGAAGUGAACAAAUAUAAUACAGAAAUGGAUAGUUAUGCAAUUAAUACAAGUGAUAAUGACGUAAUGGAAUCAUGAUUUUCAUAGUCAACAUGUGGCCAACAUUUUAAAAUAAUCGAUUUUAUUAACAGAUGACAAAAAGUGAUUUCGAUUAUAUUAUUUGAGUGUUUAUUAAACUGAAUAACAUUUUUUUUAAAUAAUAA